AUGGCGAACGCGCCGGACAGGUUUACGCUGUUCCUCCUUCAGCCUGGGGAGCAGCGUAUCGAGGUUCAGGAAGAUAUGCGUAUCCCGAAUGCUGCUACAUUCAUAUUCAAUAAGGAAGAUCAUACCCUUGGGAAUAUGCUUCGGCAUGCAGUUCUUGCGCAGCCGGGUGUCUUGUUUUGCGGGUACAAGGUCCCUCAUCCUUUGGAACCUCGCGUACUCGUCAAGAUCCAAACAGAUGGGAGUCUCACGCCCGCUGAAGUUUUGCAGCAGGCCUGCACGAAAUUGAUCGUACAAAUGGGCGCAUUGAAGCAAGGAUGGACGAAAGAAGUGCGUCUCAGCGCUGAUGGUGGCCAGUAUGGCUCCGGGGCGUACGGGUCACACCUAUGGAAUGCGUAUGGUGCUGGCACGCAGGCUGAUACGUAUAGUACCGAUGCCGAUCGCGCUGCUGGCGGCGCUAUAGGCGGCUAUGUAGAUAUGUAA